AGAAAACCUUAGACAAAUGAACGGUUACUAAUAAACCAUACCUCAUAAUUCCGUCUCACUCGGUAGUUUUCUGAAGAAGCUCUCGUCUGUCGUCGCUUCAGGUACAAUGGAAAAUUUAUUAGUAGAAAAAAUGGAUCAAAGGGAGCCACGAUCUCGGAGGCCGCGGACACUCAUCAAUCACAAGCCUUUUGAUAUUUUUGAUGUUCGAUCAAAGUUUGUUUCUUCCGUUAACAUAUCUGCCAAAAAAAUUCAUGACUUAUUGAAGCUCGAUGAGAACCAAAGACUUUCCGGUCAAUUUGAUAUAUUGGAUGUUUCCUUAUCCAACACAGGAAUAAGCAUUUCCUCUCUAGCCAAUUUCUCAUCUGAUAAGAUCAAUGUUCUGGUUCCAACCAAUGAACCUAUAACAUUUGGGGUCAAGCGUAGACUUUUAAGUGAUGGUCUAAGGCUGAUGGCAGUUGGCAAUAAAGUUAAUAAGAUUUAUCUUGCUUAUCAACCAGAGGAGGAAAAGCUGACCUUUGCGGAUGCCCAGGGCCAGAUGUUCCUCGAGACUUUUCCUUGCACCAAAAAAGAAAUAAGCGAGUCACUUGUGCAUCUUAAUUUGAAUAACUCAUCCGGAUGUGGAGAAUAAUAUCUCUGGAGUCUGAAAAGUUUCCUAUUUUCAUACCUUGUUUGCAUGAUGCUGGAUUCAGAAGAAGAGAAAUCAAUGAUUUUGGCAGAGAUUAUUGAUUGGACCGUGACAGAAAUUAUGCAAGCUUAGAUUAGUUUCCUUGGUGGAGUCGGAACAAUAAUUAGUUUUCAGGCUAAUGAAACGCUCACUUAAAUCUCAUCGGUUGUAGUUUUGGAUGCUGUUUUGACUGUAUGACAACGACCGAUUUAGUGGCAUUUAGGAACACUUUCAUUUUUGAUUCUAUGAGUUUCAGAUGGAACCAAGAAAAGGGUUUUCCUGGUUAUCUCUUGGAUUAUGAUAUAUAGUUUGUUGAGUUAGAUCCUUUCGAACAGCAUUGCCUUCAAAUAUUUCUGUUUUUGAAAUCGGUCAUAUCGUAUGGGUUUUACAGUGAUUUGUAGCAGGAUGUCGGCCCUUGUUUCAUAUCUUUACAAAUAGGGAGUGUUUCUUUGAAUCUUUCUGUGUAAUUCUUUAGAUUUUUUGAAUACUGUAAUUGUGAAACUCAAAAGGUACUCUUUGGGUCUUUGUAACUACUGAGUCAUGUAAUUGACUUUUUACUUUCUUGGGGUUUUACUUUCUUGAGCUCUCUGUAACAUCUGAGUACUGUAAUAGUUGAAACUGGAAAGGGUUUUAGCGA